CGUCAUCAUACAGUAACGCCAAGAUGAGACCUUCUCAACCGAUGAUGGCGCGUCUGCGCUUGACGACGAAGCAGGUUAAUGGUGGCUACUACAAGGGAAACCGGACGGGGUCGAUGGGUUACUUUGCGAAGAACGGAUCAUACGUGAUUGACUGGAAGAAGGUUCGCACAUAUGUUGUGCCUGAGAAUCUGAACGAGUUCAAGCUCACCCCGUUCGUCACGAAAGUCAUGGCCCCCACAAAGAGCAGAUACACCCACGAGAUUGAGAGGAACGGCAAGAUUUUCAUAGCUGAGAGGGGCCUCCAAGGAAAGGAUUUUCUAGAUCUCUGGGCAUCAGAGAACGGCGAGGAGGUUCUCAAGCAGGAGGAGAUGGACAAGGAGGAGGCUGCGCGCCAGGCCAAAGCAGCCGCCAAAGCGGCCAAGGCGCCUCGUCAAUAGAUGACAGCGAUGCAUCUGAGAAAGUUGACGUUAGUAUACCCGUGAUGGACGUACAACGACCGACCCGUGCGCGGAGCCUUGAUAAUCCAUCGGCAGUGUCGGAUUGAUUGUAUCAUAUGUACAGUAUUAGCAUUGAAAGGGGACCCCAUUUCAACUACUGGAGCACAGUACUCCUGACGGGGUACGUGUUGCUCAGGUUAUAUUGGUUCACUGGCGCAUAUAUGGGGUUUCAUGAUAGCAUGGCUGCUUUCCUUUUUUGUCUUUGGCGAUGUGACUGACACAUAGAACAAUAUACGGAUACCCUAAAUACCGACAAUGGGAUUUCUGGACUGUA